UUUAAAGUAUUUUACAACCCAUUACCCAAAGAAAAUAUUGUGCUUAUAUCUACGUUUAAGAAUCAACAGCAGAGCAUGCCGUUUAGUACAAGAUGAGUUCAGACCUAUGUUCUGAAGAUGUGAUUCAACUUACUGGUGGGCCGGGUGCCGGACGAACAGGGGUGGUCGCGGGCGGAGUCGAGCUCGGCCGCCAGCUGUUGCUGGCGGCUCGCGCAGGAGACACAGCCCUCGUCUUGGAACUAAUGGCGGCCGGCGCGCCCUUCACUACAGACUGGCUGGGCACGUCGGCUCUGCACCUCGCCGCCGCCAACGACCACGCCGACACCUGCGCCGUGCUAUUGCGCGCCGGAGUGAGCCGCGACGCGCGCACUAAAGUGGAGCGCACGCCGCUUCACCUGGCCGCACACGCCGGCCACGAGCGUGUCGUGUCUCUGCUGCUGGCGCACGGCGCGCCGCCUGACUGCCGAGAUAUGCUGCGCAUGACGCCGCUGCACUGGGCCGCCGCCCGAGGCCACGAGGGGGCAGCGCUCGCGCUGCUGCGAGCCGGCGCCGACUCGUCUCUGCGUUGCAAGUUCCGUCAGCGGCCUAAGGACUUGGCGCUGCGCCGCGGGCACCAAUCGCUGGUGGCGCUGCUGGCUCGCGCCGAGCUCGACGCCGCCACCGAUCAGUUGGUGCAAGAAAAGAAGUCAUCACCCGAAGUGAGCAAAGACAUUCCUGGACCAGAACUGAAAUCGCCAGCUAAAACGCAAGACGACAAGCCAUCCGGGACGGAGACAAAAAACUUAGGCGGCGGCGGCGCUGUUGCGUCGGCACGGCAUCACGCUGCUGCCCACGGACACCGGAAGUACGCUACUCACGGCACUGCAGAGCGGACGCACCGUCGGCUUGUCCGACGCGGGCAAGCUGCUGCUGAAAGAGAGCGGGGGCGCGAGGCCUCUCAAGAUCGUUCUAAACAGAAACAACCUCACGCGCCUCGUGGCGGUGACGCCGCAGCGGCGGGAGUCGCGAGAGGAGGAGGCCGCGGGGUGCGGGGCGGGUUGCGGGGCGAGGAGGGAGUUGGCGGCGGUGAGGGCGGCGUUGGCGGCACUCACGGACCAACUGGCCGCCGCCCAGCGCCGACUGGCCGCCUUGGAGGGCACGAGUCGGACCGCGGACUAGUCGUUAGAUACCUAAAGCGGAUGCCGUACUGUUAAGUUUUAAUUAAACUCUUUUUAAAA